UCUUUGACGCGAGAUAAAAUUGUGUUAUUUAAUGUCGUUUUUUAAAACACAGAAACAACUCUAAUUCAUCUAACGCUUGUUCGUUUGUUAAUUUACAGAUUGCAACCAUGGGCCGCCGACCAGCCCGCUGCUACCGAUACUGCAAGAAUAAACCCUACCCAAAGUCGCGCUUCUGUAGAGGUGUGCCUGAUCCCAAGAUCAGGAUCUUCGACUUGGGCAGGAAGAAGGCCAAAGUAGAUGAGUUCCCUCUGUGUGGCCACAUGGUCUCUGAUGAAUACGAGCAGCUGUCCUCGGAAGCUCUGGAGGCAGCCCGUAUUUGUGCUAACAAGUACAUGGUGAAGACCUGCGGAAAAGAUGGUUUCCACAUCCGCAUGCGUCUGCAUCCCUUCCAUGUCAUCCGCAUCAACAAAAUGUUAUCCUGUGCCGGAGCUGAUAGGCUCCAGACCGGAAUGCGUGGUGCUUUUGGCAAGCCACAGGGCACCGUGGCCCGUGUGCACAUUGGCCAGGUGAUCAUGUCUGUGCGUACCAAGGCCCAGAACAAGGAGCAUGUGGUCGAGGCCCUGCGUAGAGCCAAGUUCAAGUUCCCUGGACGCCAGAAGAUCCAUAUCUCCAAGAAGUAUGGCUUCACCAAGUUCAACGCAUGCGACUUUGAUGACAUGAUGGCUGAGAAGCGCGUCAUUCCUGAUGGUUGUGGGGUGAAAUACAUCCCCAGUAAAGGCCCCCUCUCUCGCUGGAAGGCCCUCCAUGCUGUGUAGUGUCUAUAGCCUCUCAAUGACUACAAACAAUACAAUACAAAGUGGCUUUCAUUAA